AUGCCACCUGCAACUGGAGCACCAGAUUACCCACCUCCUGACGGAGGCUGGGGAUGGGUUGUGGUCUUUGGGGCUUUUAUCUCCAUUGGAUUCUCCUAUGCCUUCCCCAAAGCCAUCACAGUGUUCUUCAAAGAAAUACAAGAGAUCUUCCACACAUCAUAUAGUGAGAUAGCUUGGAUAUCAUCGAUAAUGUUGGCUGUCAUGUAUGCAGGAGGUCCCAUAAGCAGCAUUUUGGUGAAUAAGUAUGGUAGCCGGCCUGUGAUGAUAGCAGGGGGUAUCCUGUGUUCUUUUGGAAUGAUUGCAUCCUCUUUCUGCAAUAGUGUCCUUGAACUGUAUAUAUGUAUUGGUGUUGUUGGAGGUCUGGGUUUAGCAUUCAACUUACAGCCUGCCUUGACCAUGAUUGGCAAGUAUUUCUAUAAGAAGCGUCCCAUCGCCAAUGGAUUGGCAAUGGCUGGAAGUCCAGUGUUUCUGAGCACAUUGGCACCUCUCAAUCAAUUCCUCUUUAAUGCUUUUGGCUGGAAAGGAAGCUUUCUUAUUCUGGGAGGACUUCUUUUGAACUGCUGUGUGGCUGGGUCACUUAUGAGACCUGUUGGACCAAAAAAAGUCCCUCCUGUGAAAAAAGAUGUUGAAAAAGGCACAGGAGAUUCUGCCUUGCACAAAAACAACAAGAAGUCUUGUUGGCAAACUAUGAAUAAGUAUCUAGAUCUGUCUCUCUUUAAACACAGAGGGUUUCUGAUAUAUUUGUCAGGAAAUGUCAUUAUGUUUAUUGGUUUCUUUGCUCCCAUAGUAUUCUUGGCUCCUUAUGCUAAGCACAAGGGAAUUGAUGAAUAUUCUGCUGCUUUUUUGCUCUCUAUCUUAGCCUUUGUAGACAUGUUUGCUAGGCCUUCCAUGGGACUUGUAGCAAACUCCAGGUUUAUCCGGCCAAAGAUUCAAUACUUUUUUAGUUUUGCUGUCUUGUAUAAUGGCGUCUGUCACAUCUUGUGCCCUCUGGCAAAGAAUUACACUGGCUUGGUGAUAUAUGCUGUAUUUUUUGGAUUUGCAUUUGGAAUGGUUAGCAGUGUUCUUUUUGAGACAUUGAUGGACCUUGUUGGAGCUGCCAGAUUUUCCAGUGCGGUGGGACUUGUCACUAUUGUGGAAUGUUGUCCUGUGCUCAUAGGCCCUCCUCUAGGAGGUUGGUUAGUAGAUGUUACUGGUGAAUAUCAGUACAUGUAUUUUGUCUGCGGAGUGAUUGUGACUGUGGCCAGUAUCUGGUUGUUCAUUGGUAAUGCCAUCAACUACAGGCUUUUGGCAAAAGAAAAGAAGUUAGAAGAGGAGAAGCAGAAAGCUCAGAAGAAUGCUGACCCAAAGGAAGCAGAACCAUUAACAAACAAUGAGAAUGAAGAUGCUUCCAGCAGAGCUGAUAAAGCUCUUGAAGAUCCAUCAGAAAGAGAAACCAAUAUUUAA